GUCACAGGCUCUGCAGCCGCAGUGGGGAGCGGAGCGGCUCGGGCUCAGCCAGGUGCAGGGAGUGACCCACGGCGCCCCCCAGCCAGCACUGCCCGGAGUGAGGGGCCCCAGCCCCCGGCGAGGAUGGCUCCCAUGCGGGGCCGGCUGCUCCGGCUCUGGCCCCUGCUGCUGGGCCUGGCCGCAGCCCUCACCAUCCCCAAGGAGUACGAGAUGCACAACCUGCGGCAGCCCCCGGAGAUGACAGAGCAGCCGGUGGAGAAGCUGGUCGUGUUCCCCAGCGACGACAUUGUGCUGCGGUGUAAGGCCACCGGGACCCCCCCCCUCGAGUUCCGCUGGACGAAGGACGGGCGCUGGUUCGACCCGCGCCAGGAGGCCGGGGUGACGGUCAUCGAGGGCUCAGGGACCCUGUAUGUGAACAACAGCAACGUGGGGCGACACCAGGGCGUCUAUCGGUGCUACGCCAGCAACGACCUGGGCACGGCCAUGGGGCCGGAGAUCCGCGUCAUCGCCGAGAGCACCCCCCAGUGGCCCAAGGAGAAGGUUUCACCGUUGGAGGUGGAGGAGGGGGAGUCUGUCAUCCUGCCCUGCAACCCCCCCGCCAGCGCCGUGCCCCCCAAAAUCUACUGGCUGAACAGCCGCAUCGUGCACAUCGCGCAGGACGAGCGGGUCGCCAUGGGGCAGGACGGGUAUUUGUACUUUGCCAACGUGCGGCGCUCGGACUCGCACCCCGACUACAUCUGCCACGCCCAUUACCUGGGCCCCCGAACCAUCAUCCAGAAGGAGCCGAUCGAGCUGCGCGUCCGGCCCACCAACUCGGUGAAGUUUCGCCAGCCCCGGCUGAUGGUGCCGCCAGGGGACAGCAGCUCCCACGUCGCCCUGCGCGGCUCCAGCCUGGCCCUGGAAUGCAUCGCCGAGGGCUUCCCCACGCCCACGGUGGAGUGGAUCCGUCUGAACGGCCGCCUGCCCGCGGAGCGUGUGGCCCUGGAGAACUCCCAGAAAACCCUGCGGAUCCGGGACGUGGUGGAGGAGGACGAUGGGGAGUAUCAGUGUCUCGCCCGCAACACGCAGGGCACCGCCCGCCACAGCUACACCGUCACCGUGGAAGCCGCCCCCUACUGGGCCCAGCAGCCCCACAGCCGGGUGUACGGCCCCGGGGAGAACGUUCGGCUCGACUGCUCCGUCUACGGGAAACCGAACCCCCUGGUGUCCUGGAGGAUCAACGGCGUCCCCUGGGCAGAGCUGGCGCCGGACCCGACGCGGACGCUGCGCUCGGGGGCCCUGAUCCUGAGCCAGGUGCAGCCCAACGACUCGCUGGUGACGCAGUGCGAGGCCGUGAACCGCCACGGCCGCCUGCUGGCCAACGCCUACAUCUACGUCAUCCAGCUGCCGGCGAGGAUCCUGACCCCAGACAAGCAGCGCUACGCCGUGGUGGAGAACCAGACGGCGUCCCUGGACUGCCAGAGCUUUGGGGCGCCCAUGCCCAGCGUGGAGUGGUUCACCAGGCGGAUGGAGCCGGCCCUGCAGGAUGAACGUGCCUUCGUCCACACCAACGGCACCUUGCGCCUCAGCCGGGCCCAGCGCCAGGACACCGGCACCUACGUCUGCCUGGCCCAGAAUGACCAGACCAACGUCACCAUCAGCGCCCGGCUCGAGGUCAAAGGCGCGACGCGGAUCGUGCUGGGCCCCCAAGGCGCCGUGGUGAAGAAAUCCAGCAACGUGACCUUCCAGUGCCAGGCGCGGUUUGACGAGACGCUGCAGGAGCGCAGGGUCGAGUGGCGGCGGGACGGGCGCCCCAUCCGGGAGUCGGACGACAGCGACAAGUACACCAUCGAGCCCGGCUGGCUCCAGAUCUCCGGCGUGGACUACGCGGACCAGGGCGUGUACAGCUGCCGGGCGCACACGGAGCUGGACGCGGCAGAGGAGAGCGCCGAGCUGCGGGUGGUGGGCCGCCCCGGGCCGGUGUCGGAGCUGCAGGUGUCGGAGCCCCAGGAGCGCUGGGUGAAGCUCAGCUGGACCCCGGGAGACGAUCACAACAGCCCCAUUCAGAAGUUCGUGGUGCAGGCGGAGGACGGGCUCCGGGACCCCGGCACCUGGCGGGACGUCAGCACCGUCCAGGCGCCCCAGUCCUGGGCCCAGCUGCACCUGGCGCCUUACGGCGACUUCCGCUUCCGAGUCCGCGCGGCCAACGGGUACGGGCGCGGGGAGCCCAGCGCCGCCUCCGCCCCCGUCCGCACCAGCCCGGCGGCCCCCGAGCGUUACCCCGAGGGGGUGGCCGGCGAGGGGAACCAGACCAGCAACAUGCUCAUCACCUGGCAGCCCCUGAACAAGUCGGACUGGAACGCCCCCGAGCUCAGCUACCGGGUGCAGUGGCGGCGUCUGGGCGAGGGGGGGAGCUGGAGCGAGGAGACCGUCAGUGGCCCCCCCUUGCUGGUAACGAGGACCCCCACCUUUGUCCCCUACGAGCUCAAGGUGCAGGCCGUGAACCCCAUCGGCAAGGGGCCCGAGCCCCCCAGUGUGGUGGGGUACUCUGGGGAGGAUGUGCCCCAGGUGAACCCCGAGAACGUGGGGGUGGAAAUAUUCAACAGCACCAGCGUCCUCGUCAGCUGGACCCUCCCCAACAGAGACCAGCUGCGGGGUCACCUCCGGGGGUUCAGGGUGUUUUACUGGCGGCUGCGCAGUGUGGGGGAGCGGAGCCGGCGCCAGGCCCGGGCCCUGCCGCCCCCGCUGGUGCUGACGGUGCCGGGGGAGGCGUCGCGGGCCCGGCUGGGGGGGCUGCGCCCCUGGAGCUGGUAUCGCCUCUACGUGGUCGUGUUUAACGGGCGCAGCGACGGGCCCCGCAGCGAGGACAUCGACUUCAGCACCCCCGAGGGAGUGCCCAGCCCCCCCAGCUCGCUGCUCCUGGAGCGGGUGUCGGACACGGUGCUGGCUCUGGAGUGGUCGGCGCCCCAGUUCCCCAACGGGGCGCUGACCGAAUACCUGCUGCAGUACCAGCAGGUGAACGGGUCGGAGCUGGGCCCGCUGCACGAAAUCUCCUUCCCCGUCUCCCAGCUGAACGGGACGCUGGCCCGGCUGGCGCCCCGGGCCCGGUACCGGUUCCAGCUGCGGGCGCUGAGCCGGGCCGGCCAGGGCGAGCCGCUGGUGCAGGAGGGCAGCACCCUGCCCGAGCCAGUGCUCCCCGCUUUGGAGAACAUCAGCAUCUCGCUGGUGGGGCCCGACUUCACCCUCUUCACCUGGGUCCCGAGCCGGCCCCAGGCCAGCGUGGAGUUCGAAAUCCAGUUCAUGAACAACUCCCGUCCGAUGGCCGAGCCCUGGCGCACGUCCGGCCAGGCCAACUCCACCCACGGCUCCUACCGGCUCCUCCACCUGCAGCCCGGCACCUCCUACCGCGUCCAGUUCGUGGGGCGCGACCCCUCGGGGGGGAACGUCUCCUUCUGGGAGAGCGAGGUGGAGACCAACGGCAGGC